GGCGCAAAUAUACAACAAGGGAGAUGUUUGUAAUAAGUUGAGACGCUUCGGUUGAAUAGAAGAUGCAUAACUGGCAGGAGAACGAAAUUCGAGAACUUUUGACCGUGCGAGGGUCGGAGGCGAUCCGGAACCAGAUGACGGGCACGGUGAAGGACUCGGUGGUUUACAACAGGAUGACCAAACUGCUGGCGGAGAGGGGGGUGUACAGAUCACACAUGCAAGUGAUCAGCAAACUGAAGGCGCUGAGGAAGCAGUACACCAAGUACCACCAGCUGAAGGUCCGCUGUGGGAGCGACCGUGUCGACUGGCCGUUUUACGAGCAGUGCCACCGGGCUUUCGGGAACGGUUCUAUGGGGAGCCCGAUGAAGCGGCACAGGAGUCCAUCACCUCCCCCUGCAAGCGCACUGCCAUCCCCGUCGCCUCCUCCUCCUCCUCCUCCUCCACCACCUCCUCCUCCGCAUCUCAACAGUGAGGAGCAUCAGGAGGUUGUAGUCGGGCUUUGGGACGAUGUGGACGACGGGGAGCUGCACAAGCAUCUGGGUCCAGUGGAGGCUGAGGACGAGGAGGACCAGUACAGCCCGUCAGACCACCUACAGCCCAUUCAUACCACUCACACAAUUCCAUCAAAGAAAAGGAAAACGACGGUGAUGGAACAAGUCUCUACGUUGGUAUCGGCAACGGUCAGCCAGCUCCGAGAGAUGGACGCCGCGAUGCAGGCGCAGGAGGACGCCCGGCUACAGAGGCUGAUGGACCACGAGAAGGAAAUGCAGAACAAUCUAAUGAGUCAGCUGGCGGCCAUGCACGAAAGAAUCGGUCGAGAAAACCACGAGAGACACGUUGAACUCGUGGACAGGAUACUGUCUAGGUUACCCUCACAUUCAGAACCUUCAGGUCACUGACUGACAUUGACUGUGUGAGUGAUGUCGUCGUGCGACUGACCGGGUUAUUCAGAUGCAGAGAACACUGUCUCUCUCCUCCACCUGCUGACUUUUUUGUUUUUUCUCAGCCCACAUUCCUUCUUUUUACUCCUUUAUUUUUGAACACUGGGAGAAAGAGAUCGCCUUUAACCUCAACUCUGCAAAUCAAUAGCCCCUUUCAGACUGCGUUGCAGUAACAAGCGUUGCCAGCAUUUCUCCUCAGGACAUUCGUACAGAUUCCACAACGGCAUAACAUUGACAUGCAUUCACAUUGCAAUCUGGCAUGUGGAGCCAAGUGGGAGGAGAUGGUAAUGCGUGAAACAGAGCAGCAGCAGUGCAGCACAGUACAGCAUUUAUGUGCUGCAGCAGUUUGUGUACAAUAAAGUGCAUUCAUAACAAUAAUGGCGGAAGAACUGCCCGUCGUGCUGUUCCUCUCUGUAGAAAUUCUACAAACUCAAGCAAAGUUGUUCUGCAUUUGCUGAACAUGAUUCGAUUACUGUGGGACUCAAGUGAGAGGCGCGUUUCUGAUGAUUCGUCUCACAUUUUCCAUCUUGCCUGCUCUGCCAGUUCACAUUGAACCCUCCUCGAACAGUCUCGCCGAUUUAACGCCUGUGUUAUUCCCUCCGAAGGCGGCGCAGAGCUGGGAACACACUUCUGGUGCGUUCAGAUUGAAGGCGAAACAUCAGAGGCGUAAAUAUGGCGGCUUGAAUCUGUAGUCUGAAAGGGACUAAUGUUCACACUACAGUUCUUACUACUCUGUUCUUAUUCAGUCCUCAUUUCAUCUUGUUUAUUUAUCUUUUUAGUUCACCUUUGAAGAAUACCAUUGAAAACAAACAGUGGUGCUGAAAACAGGAAGAAAUAACACUAAAACCGUGAAGCUGCAUCAAAAUGGUCGACUGUAGCACGUCUAAAAAUCCUCAGUUAAACGCACAUUGUAAUGCAGUUCUGCCAUGCGUUAAUACAAACAGGCAUACAACAUUUAUAACCAUUAACUCCAAAUGGUGAAGUUAGUUUAAGUUGGUUAGCAGGAAUCGGGUGCAUUGGGAAAAAAAAUAUUUUCUUAAAAACAAACUACAAAAGAAAUAAUAAUUAUCGACAAAUUGAGAUCAAUUUCAAUUUUUUCCAUUUUUUUAAAUAAAUACAAUUUGCCUCUUAAAUCCCUGAAGAAAAUGACUUUUUUGAAUGAUGCUUUUUAAAACAAAACACACUUUGUUAAUUUGAUUCUCAAUGACCAAAUCAUAGAUCAGGUGCUUGUAAUGUCUUUUUUCUUUUUCAACAUCGUCCUAAAUAGUGAUCAUGUUGAUAAUUGAUAAAAAAUCAGUGUAUUGCCCACUUCCAGCUAGACUCUGAAUUGGUGGAUAUGUACUCUCUAUGUAUCAUCAUGUAGAGCAUAUCAAAAUAUAUCCAGUCAUUUAAACACAUAGUAUUGUUACAUAUACAUUUUCUGACUCUUGUGACUCAAAACGUGCUUAAAAUCUCAGAACUUCAGAUCUGUGUCAUCUGAAACUCUAUCUCAUGUGAUUUUGUAGAAUUAACAGUGUGAUCUUCAGCCUACAGUUUACAGGGAUGAGGACAAAAAGAGUCCCACAGCAUGUAAAUGUGGUGUCUGAUGUACUGUACCUCACCUGAGCAUGUUAGUGUGAGCCGUGAACCAAACACCUCUACAAAAAGCAAAACAACAGACUGGCCGCUGCUGCCUUUCUAGUAGGAAACCCUUUACUCAGCAUGUGCUUUCAUUAUGCUGUUAGAGCUAUUCUAAUGUAUGUUAAAAAUAACAGUUACUGGAAACAUUGUUGAAAUUGGCCUUUAGAGAGAGAAGGUGCGUGGUGCAUUCGUAGCACAGGUCAUACAUGAUAUAUGGGGAUGGAUAUUGUAAUGACAAAAUAUACAGAUUUAAAGUAUGAGGUUUAUUUUAAACACCCAUUUAGAGAUACAGUACACAAGACACAAGAAAUUUACAUUUUACAGUCUGAGAAUCUAAAAUAAUUUGCAGCAUGAGCUUGAGUCGUUAUCAGUGUUAUUCUUUGCUGACACGAGAUUCCCGGUUGCUUUCACUGUCAUCAGCAAUCCGGGAGAAAACGUGUCAUUGAGGAAAAACACCGUCUGUAUCAGACAAAGUAAAAAUCAGUCAUUAUUACACUCCAGUAUAUCCUGUUCAGAACGGCAACGCAGCAUUAAACAUACUGUUGUGAGUUUCACUUUCCUUUUUUAUUUGAGAGAAACAAAAGCAACUUAAAUGGAGCAUCUGAAUCAGAAUGUGUAGGAGUCUGAGCUGAGCAUGAUGUGUAUUUUUACUGUAGAUACUUUUAUACUGUUACCAGUGUUAAAUUUAUUGCUUUGUUUGUUUUUUCCUUUUAAAGGACAAUAAAGUUGAAAUAUGAAAUG